AAGGUGGGGGUGGGGAGAUCAGGAGCGGGAGAAGAAAGUGUCCAAGUCCAAAAUCCAAGGUGCAGAUGAGAUGGGGUCGGUGGCGAAAGGAGGAGAGACGCAGAUGACAUCCGCUUCUUUCGCUUCAGAACCUGUGGGGAUCAAUCCACUUGUUAUGUGUUCCGCUCUCAUCUCCAUCAUGUUUCUCCUCCUUCUUCUCCUGAACAACAACGCGAUGAGAUCAGCGGUGCUACAGAAGAAGCUGGGAGGAAUAAUAACAGCAGCGAUCCAUGUAAAAAUUGAUCCAAGGAAUCUGAUAGAAAUCAAUGGCGGCGGCUACGGACGGCAGCGAGUACAUGGCCAUAGAUCUGGAGGGGGGUGCAGCAGCAGCAGGGCCGUUUGUGAGGGCUGAUAGCGUUUCCAGGACGGAGCAUGAAGACGAAGAGCUUCUUUGGGCUGCCAUCGAGAGGUUGCCCUCCUCUAAGCGCCUCAAUUACGCCAUCCUCCGCAAGGUACACAACAGCAACAGCAGCAGCAACGACGACGACGAAAGAGGAGCUUCUUCUUCUUCUUCUUCUGGUGCUCGUCCAGAGGCCGUUGAUGUUACUAAUCUUGACCGUGAAGGCCGCCAGAUGCUGGUUCAGAAUGCUCUUGCCACCAAUGAGCAAGACAACUACAAUCUCUUAGCCGGCAUCAAAGCUCGUCUCGAUAGGGUAGGCCUGGAGGUUCCCACUGUUGAAGUCAGAUUUCACGAGUUGAAUGUUUCUGCUAAUGUUUACGUUGGUGACAGGGCCUUGCCUAGUCUCCCCAACUUCACCCGAAAUGCCUUUGAGAUGCUUCUCACAUCCUUGAGGAUACUUCGGCCAAAGAAACACUCUCUCACCAUCUUGGAUAAUGUUAGUGGUGUGGUCAAACCAGGAAGAAUGACCCUUCUGUUGGGACCUCCUGGUGCGGGGAAGUCCACCUUACUCUUGGCUCUUGCCGGUAAACUUGACUCUAAUUUAAAGGUAACCGGACAAGUGAAGUAUAAUGGAAAAUUUCUUGAUGAGUUUUUUGUUCAAAGAACAUCUGCGUACAUCAGUCAGACAGAUAAUCAUAUUGGAGAGCUAACUGUACGCGAGACUUUAGAUUUUGCUGCAAGAUGUCAGGGUGCAAACGACAAUUUUUCCGACUAUUUAAAAGAUCUAGCCAGGCUUGAGAAGGAAAGGAAUGUGCGUCCUACUCCAGAAAUUGAUGCAUUUAUGAAGGCAACUUCAGUUGUGGGAAAGAAGCACAGCCUUGCAACAGACUAUAUCUUAAAGGUACUUGGGCUUGAUGUGUGCGCAGAUACACAGGUUGGUAGCGAUAUGGUAAGGGGUGUCUCAGGUGGUCAGAAAAAACGAGUGACAACAGGAGAAGUGAUUGUUGGGCCGAGGAAAACUCUUUUCAUGGAUGAAAUUUCUACCGGGCUUGAUAGCUCUACAACUUAUCAAAUAGUGAAAUGUAUGCAGAAUUUUGUGCAUCAGAUGGAGGCUACUGUGCUGAUCUCCCUACUGCAGCCUGCACCAGAAACAUUUGACCUGUUUGAUGAUAUAUUACUUUUAUCUGAUGGGCAUAUCAUUUAUCAAGGUCCCAGGAUACAUGUUGUUGAAUUCUUUGAAUCAUUGGGGUUUUCACUGCCACCUCGUAAAGGGGUUGCUGACUUUCUCCAAGAGGUUACAUCUAAAAAGGAUCAAGCACAGUAUUGGUCCGAUCAGUCCAGACCUUAUGUAUAUAUACCUGCUUCAGGGUUUUCUGAAGCAUUCAAACAAUCAGAAUAUGGAAAAUCUGUGGACUCCAGUCUCUCUGCUCCUAAUGAUGCAACAAAAUUUCUUCCUUCAGCUCUUGCCAGAACAAAGUUUGCUUUAUCCAAUUUGGACCUUAUUAAGGCAUGCUUCUCUAGGGAAGUUCUUCUGAUUAAGCGGCAUCGCUUCCUUUAUAUAUUCAGAACAUGUCAGGUUGCAGUUAUGGGAAUCAUAACAUGUACAAUGUUCCCCCGCACAAGAUUACAUCCUUUAAAUGAGAUAAAUGGAAACUUGUACCUUAAUUGUUUGUUUUAUGGAAUGGUGCAUAUGAUGUUUAAUGGGUUUUCUGAGCUACCCAUCACUAUAUCUCGGCUCCCAGUUUUCUAUAAGCAGAGAGAUAAUCAUUUUCAUCCUGCUUGGGCGUUCUCCAUUCCUAGUUGGCUUUUACGAAUUCCUUAUUCCAUCAUUGAAUCACUUGUCUGGUCUUGUGUGGUAUAUUAUGCGGUGGGGUUUGCACCCAGUGCUGGGAGGUUUUUCUGCUUCAUGUUAUUACUAUUUUGUAUACACCAGAUGGCAUUGGGACUCUUCCGGCUGAUGGGCGCUUUAGCACGGGAUAUGAUCAUCGCCAAUACUUUUGGUUCUGCAACAUUAUUAGCAAUUUUUCUGUUGGGUGGAUUUAUUAUUCCAAAACAUUCGAUCAGGCCUUGGUGGGUUUGGGGCUUCUGGAUUUCACCACUAACAUACGGACAGAGAGCAAUUUCGGUCAAUGAGUUCACUGCCUCUCGGUGGGCACAGAUUUCUUUACUUGGCAAUAGUACCUCAGUCGGGACCAACAUUCUCCAUUCACACAGUCUACCAGACCAGCAAUAUUGGUACUGGCUUGGGGUUGGGGUUUUAUUUUCGUAUUCUAUCCUUUUCAACAUUCUGGUCGCUCUUGCCUUGGCAUAUCUUAACCCUUUGGGAAAGGCACAAGCUGUGAUCACACCUGAUGCUGCAGGAAAAAAACCAAUUGGACUCGAUGUGUCAGAAUUAACUGAAAGGAAAGUUGCUCCGAAGAAUAUCUCUGAGAAAGGAAUGAUUCUUCCUUUCCAACCAUUAGCAAUGACAUUUCAUAACGUGAAUUACUUUGUUGACAUGCCAAAGGAAAUGAAGCGGAAGGGAGUACCAGAAAGUAAACUACAGCUACUAUCUAGUGUGAGUGGUGUAUUUAGACCAGGUGUCCUAACAGCACUGGUUGGUUCUAGUGGAGCUGGGAAAACAACACUCAUGGAUGUCCUUGCUGGGAGAAAGACUGGUGGAUAUAUAGAGGGAGAUAUAAAGAUAUCCGGAUAUCCGAAAGAACAAAGCACCUUUGCUAGGGUUUCAGGAUAUGUUGAGCAAAAUGACAUCCAUUCACCACAAGUAACCGUUGAAGAAUCCCUUUGGUUUUCAGCUCGUCUUCGGCUUCCAAAAGAAAUUAGAUCAGAAAGUAGACAUGACUUCGUUGAACAAGUUAUGGCACUAGUGGAGCUUGAUAAUCUGCGACAUGCAUUGGUGGGUCUGCCUGGAAGUACUGGCUUAUCGACUGAACAAAGAAAACGUCUUACCAUUGCAGUGGAGCUAGUUGCAAAUCCUUCAAUUAUUUUUAUGGAUGAGCCUACAUCAGGGUUAGAUGCAAGGGCUGCAGCAAUUGUGAUGCGUACAGUCCGUAAUACAGUUGAUACAGGGAGAACUGUUAUUUGCACCAUACACCAGCCAAGUAUUGAUAUAUUCGAAACAUUUGAUGAGCUACUUCUUAUGAAGAGAGGAGGACAGGUCAUAUAUGGAGGCGCGCUUGGUACAAACUCACAAAUUAUGAUUAACUACUUUCAGGGGAUACAUGGGAUCCCUCCCAUUACUGAUGGAUAUAAUCCAGCAACAUGGAUGCUGGAAAUCAGCACACCAGCUUGUGAAAAGAGGCUUGAUAUAGACUUUGCUACUGUAUACAAAAACUCAGAUCAAUUCAGGGAAGUUGAAGCUCUGAUUCAUCAACUAAGUAGACCUGUUAAUGGUACACAGCCACUGAGAUUCUCUUCUAAGUUUUCACAAGAUACUCUAUCUCAAUUUAGAAUAUGUUAUUGGAAGCAAAAUCUUGUAUACUGGAGAAGUCCAAAGUACAAUGCUGUUCGAUUGUUCUUUACUACUAUCUCUGCUUUAAUACUUGGCUCAGUGUUCUGGAAUGUUGGUUCGAGAAGGGAAACAAAUCAAGACCUGUUUGUGGUUAUGGGGGCUCUUUAUUCUGCAUGUUUAUUUCUUGGAGUUAAUAACGCUUCAUCUGUGCAACCAAUAAUUUCCAUUGAAAGAGCCAUCUUCUACAGAGAGAAAGCAGCUCGAAUGUACUCUUCAUUUCCUUAUGCAGCAGCCCAGGGUCUCGUGGAGAUUCCGUAUAUAGCAACACAAACACUUAUAUUUGGUGUCAUUACCUAUUUCAUGAUUAAUUAUGAAAGAACAUUAGGGAAAUUCCUACUUUACCUUGUCUUCAUGUUCCUCACUUUCACGUAUUUCACAUUUUAUGGUAUAAUGGCAAUCGGAUUGACUCCUACACAGCACCUAGCAGCAGUAAUUUCAUCAACAUGUUACUCUUUGUGGAAUCUGCUUUCUGGCUUUCUUAUUCCAAAGCCUAGAAUUCCUAAAUGGUGGCUCUGGUUCUAUUACCUUUCGCCGGUGUCAUGGACCCUACGAGGCAUCAUUACCUCCCAACUAGGGGAUGUGGAAACUCCGUUAGUUGGGGCUGGUUUUAAGGGAAGUGUGAAGGAAUACCUUAAGGAGUCUCUUGAUUAUGAAUCUGGGAUGACAGCCAUUUCUGUAGUGGUCCUUGCUUGUUUCUCCCUUCUCUUCUUCACUGUCUAUGCCAUGUCUAUCCGAUUCCUCAACUUUCAAAAGCGUUGAUUGAAGAAUUAUUUGUUCCUCAGACUUCAAACGUUCAUCUGAGGAUUAAUACUUGUGCAACACCUGCAGCAGAUUCAGUGUAAUUGGAAGCAUUUCUUAUGGAAACACAAGAGAGCGAGCGAGCGCCUUUACGCCAAGUGGUAGGAGACGAUGAACCAAGGACGUUACUCACUGCCCUUGUUCUGUCUGCCUGAACGGAGUGUCUUUUAUUGCUACCCGCAUUUUGCUGUAUGCAUCGGGGCUUGGUUGACGUAGUUUGUUUAAUUAAUCACAAAGCAUUGUACACCACGUUUCUGGCCGGCGACCACAUUUAGUUUCUCUAUUGUCUC